AUUUUCUCUCUGUCCAAACACACGCUUUCCUUCUCUCUCGGAUAAGAAAAAUGCUUGCUGUGUUCAAGAAGACGGUUGCGAAAUGCCCCGAGGAACUGCAGAGCCCGCACUCGACUCAGCACUCGACUGAGUCGAUGUGCGCGUUGAAAGACGGGUUCCUGGCGAGUCACUUUGACUCAGUUCAUCCGAAUUCCGUCACCGCUAAUCUCGGAUCCUCUGGUCUGUUUGCUUACUCGCUCGCUAAGCAGAAUCCGCUUCUUCCGAGAUUAUUUGCGGUGGUGGACGACAUUUUCUGCCUCUUCCAAGGCCACGUUGAGAACGUUGCGUUUCUGAAGCAACAAUACGGGUUGGGGAAAGCAGCAAACGAGGCAACCAUUGUGAUUGAAGCCUACAGAUCUCUACGUGACCGUGGCCCUUAUCCUGCUGACAAGGUUGUCCGAGAUUUCCAGGGGAAGUUCUCUUUCAUUCUCUUCGAUGCCUCCAACAAGACCGUUUUCCUCGCUGCUGAUGCGGAGGGGGGAGUGCCAUUCUUUUGGGGAAGUGACGGGGAAGGACAUCUUGUUCUCUCCAAUGACUCCGAGAUCGUGAAGAAAGGCUGCGGCAAAUCUCAUGCUCCCUUCCCCAGAGGUUGCUACUUCACAUCUUCGGGGGGAUUGACGAGUUUCGAGCACCCGAGGAACGAGCUGAAGGCGGUGCCAAGGGUGGACAGCUCAGGCGAGUUGUGUGGGGCGACGUUCAAAGUGGACGCCGAGGCUAAGAAAGACAGAGUCGGAAUGCCAAGAGUAGACAGCUCUCACAACUGGUCCGGACAUAUCUGAACCAGACCCAUUGCGGAUUUGUACAUUUUUAAUGAUCUAAUGUCUUUUUGUACCAAGUCUUGAUGUCGAUGGAUGCUUUUGAAUCGUGUUGUUAAAUACACUAUUAUGUGACAAUAAAUUUUUUUACUAGUAUAA